AUGGCUAGUUUUCCUGAAGACGAUCUCCUGCCCAAUGGAUCCGAAGAGAGCUUUUUUGCACAGCGGCAAAAGUCUACACGGAAGGACGUGGAGCAAGGAUUUGGUGUGCUUCAAGCGCGUUGGGAAAUAGUGAAAGGCCCGGCUGGUUCCUGGUAUAGGCAUCAUAUCGCCAAUGUCAUGUACGCGUGCAUCAUCUUGCACAACAUGAUUAUUGAUGAUGAAGGUCAAAGAGUUGACGAUUGGUCCGACGACGAAGUCGGACCGAGCGCAGGUCAUACAACCUCGCUGGUCAUUCGAGGUUUACCCUAUGGAGUCAAUGAGAGAUUACAAGCAGGGGAGAACAUGCGCAACCGACAAGCCCAUCUUCAACUCAUGAACGACAUGGUUGAAGAAGUUUGGACAUCUUCCAUAGGCAAUUCUGCAGAAUUUUUCGCAUAUCAAUUUCUAAAAUUUAUAGCAGCCUGA